AUGUUCCAGCUGCUCGAGUGCCACGACGCGGUCCUCCGCGGCCAGAGGCUCAGCAGCGUGAGCAAGGGCGCCUUUGCGGAGAUCGGCCGGCAGGCGGCGGGCGCGGCAGGGUACGUCAUCGUCGACUCGUGCCUCGUCGCCUCGCAGUUCCUGUUCUGCGUCUCGUACCCGAUCUUCAUCGCCACCAACACGCGCGCCGUCCUCGAGUCGCUCCUCCCGCUGCCGCCCUCCGUCACCUUCCUCACGCUCGUCCAGCUGCCUGUGAGAGACAUACAUCGCCUAGGCUGGCCAAUGCUCGUGGCAAACCUGGUGCUGUGGUGCACCGUCGCGGUCAUCCUCGCGCUCAUCGGCACGGACCUCGUGCAGAGCCACUUCGAGCACGUCGGAGAGGUUGCGUGGACGGCGAGGUUCGGUCCCGGCACGCUGCUCUUUGCCGCGCAGGCCGUGGUGGCCUUCGAGGGGAUCGGCAUCGUGCUGCCGGUACGCGAGGCGAUGAGCGAGCCGGAGGCGUUCCCACGCAUGAUCGUCGCGUGCAUGGCCCUCGGCACCGUCGCCUUCCUCGUCUUCGGGAUCUGCUCGUACGCGACCGCAACCUUCGUCACCCUCAACCUGAACGGCGGCGCGGCGCUCGGCGUCCGCGCCGCCUUCUUCUUCCCCGCGAUGGUCGCUCUCGAGGACAAGCUCGGCCUCUCCGACGAGAGCGGCCUGCUGCCCUGCUGCGCGGCGCGCACCUGCCUGGUCCUCGCCGCCUUUGCCAGCUCGCUCUACGCGCCGUACGAGAACCUGAUGGGGCUCGCCGGCGGACUGUGCGCGGUGCCGCUCGCCUUCAUCUUUCCCGGCUGGUUCCACUUGCGGCUGUGCAAGCCGCGGUACGGCGAGGGGCGCGCCCUCGAUAUCACGCUCGUUGCGUUUGGAGUUGUGAUGGCGCCAGUCGCGGUGACCACCACGCGCACCACGAAAGCUCUCGUUCACGCCGUCGGCCUGAUGGCAUAG